CCAGCAGCCAAGCUGGAAGAGACACACAGGAGGAGACAAACAUUUAGUUGGAGAAUUAUUUAAGGUACUGCAGUAGUACCUUAGUUCUUCUUUCCACUCUGCCUGAAGUUGCAGCGAACCAUGGACAGAUUAGUCAGGUCCCUGCUGCUGCUGCUGCCUGUCUUGGUGCUGAGUGAAGCUCUGCAAGAGAGCUGGCAGCCAGGAAACUACACAAACAGCACCUCUGAUGCACUCAGGUUCCUCAGUGACUACAACAGCACUGCUGAGGAGGUGUUCUACUACAGCACGUCUGCCACCUGGAACUACGACUCUAACAUAACUGAAUACAACUCCAAGCUUGAGGUCAAAGCAGAACUUGAAGAACAAGCCUUUACUGAAGCCUGGGGAGUCAAAGCCAAGGAGACCUUUUCAGAUAAAUUUCUGGACUCUCUUCCAAACCCUAAAGACAAAAGGCUGAUGGGAAACAUCAAGGUGCUGGGUGCUGCCAACCUCCCACAGGCUGAAAGAGAAGAGUUCAACACCAUCCUCAGCACCAUGGAAGGUAUUUAUUCCACAGCUAAAGUACACCCUGAGCCAAACAUCAGCUGGAGCAUGGACCCUGAUCUCACAGAAAUUAUGGCUAAAAACAGAAGCUACAAGCAGUUGCUGUUUGCUUGGGAAGGCUGGCACAAUGCAGCAGGUGUGCCUGUGAAACAGUAUUACCCAAGAUAUGUAGAGCUCAGCAACAAAGCUGCACAAGCUGAUGGAUAUGAAGACACCGGAGCAUAUUGGCGCUCUUGGUAUGAAAGUGAAACUUUUGAGCAGGAUAUAGAGAAACUCUUCAAGACCAUCAAGCCACUCUACCUGAACCUGCACGCCUUUGUGCGCCGUCAGCUCUACAACUUCUAUGGCCCCAAGUAUAUCAAUCUAAAAGGACCAAUCCCUGCCCACCUGUUGGGAAAUAUGUGGGCCCAGACUUGGGAUAACAUUUAUGAUAUGAUGACACCAUUUCCUAAGAAACCCAACCUGGAUGUGACAAAUGAAAUGGUCAAACAAGGCUACAAUGUCACUCGCAUGUUCCAUGUGGCUGAGGAGUUCUUCACAUCUUUGGGUUUAGAGGCGAUGCCCAGAGAGUUCUGGGAAAAAUCUAUGUUUGUUAAGCCUAAAGACAGAGAGGUUGUGUGUCAAGGAUCUGCUUGGGAUUUUUUAAACCACAAAGAUUUCAGGAUUAUGAUGUGCACCACAGUGACGAUGGAACAGCUCAUCACUGUUCAUCAUGAAAUGGGACACAUCCAAUAUUUCCUGCAGUACAAGGACCAGCAUGUGGGCUUCCGUGACGGAGCCAACCCUGGUUUCCAUGAAGCUAUUGGUGACCUUAUGGCUCUUUCAGUUUCCACACCAAACCAUCUGCACAAAAUCAACCUGCUGGAGUCUGCAUCUGAUGCUGAAACUGAUCUUAACUUCUUAUUGAAGAUGGCUCUGGACAAGAUAGCCUUCCUUCCUUUUGGCUACCUCAUUGAUCACUGGAGAUGGAAUGUGUUCAGUGGAAGUACCACUCCAGACAAUUACAACUCUGAUUGGUGGCACCUCAGAACAAAAUACCAAGGAAUUUGUCCACCAACCAGACGUACAGAUGAGCAAUUUGAUCCUGGUGCAAAAUAUCAUAUCCCUGGGGACACACCAUACAUCAGGUAUUUUGUCAGCUACAUUCUGCAAUUCCAGUUCCAUGAGAGAUUGUGCCAGGCUGCCAACCACACAGGUCCCCUGCACACAUGUGACAUCUACCAAUCUGCAGAAGCAGGAGCCAUUCUAAAGAAACUUCUUCAAGCUGGCUCUUCCAAACCUUGGCCUGAUGUGCUUGAAGAUGCUAUGGGCACCAGGGAGAUGAGUGCCAGCUCACUGAUGAAAUACUUUGAACCUGUAACUAAGUGGCUGGAGAAACAAAAUGUGAACGAGACCUUGGGAUGGCCUGAAUAUGCUUGGGUUCCACCAAUUCCUGAGGGCUACCCUCAAGAUAUUGGUAAGAAUUUGCAGCUAACCAUGGACAGAUUGGUCAGGCCCCUGCUGCUGCUACUGCCUGUCUUGGUGCUGAGUGAAGCUCUGCCAAAGAGCUGGCAGCCAGGAAACUACACAAACAGCACCUCUGACGCACUCAGGUUCCUCAGUGACUACAACAGCACUGCUGAGGAGGUGUUCUUCUACAGCACGUCUGCCACCUGGAACUACGACUCUAACAUAACAGAAUACAACUCCAAGCUUCAGGUCAAAGCAGAACUUGAAGAACAAGCCUUUACUGAAGCCUGGGGAGUCAAAGCCAAGGAGACCUUUUCUGAAACAUUUCUGGACUCUCUUCCAAACCCUAAAGACAAGAGGCUGAUGAAAAACCUCAAGGUGCUGGGUGCUGCCAACCUCCCACAGGCUGAAAGAGAAGAGUUCAACACCAUCCUCAGCACCAUGGAAGGUAUUUAUUCCACAGCUAAAGUACACCCUGAGCCAAACAUCAGCUGGAGCAUGGAUCCUGAUCUCACAGAAAUCAUGGCUAGAAACAGAAGCUACAAGCAGUUGCUGUUUGCUUGGGAAGGCUGGCACAAUGCAGCAGGUGUGCCUGUGAAACGGUAUUACCCAAGAUUUGUGGAGCUCAUCAACAAAGCUGCACAAGCUGAUGGAUUUGAAGACACUGGAGCAUACAGGCGAUCUUGGUAUGAAACUAAAACUUUUGAACAGGAUCUAGAGAAACUCUUCAAGACCAUAAAGCCACUCUACCUGAACCUGCACGCCUUUGUGCGCCGUCAGCUCUACAACUUCUAUGGCCCCAAGUAUAUCAAUCUAAAAGGACCAAUCCCUGCCCACCUGUUGGGAAAUAUGUGGGCCCAGACUUGGGAAAACAUUUAUGAUAUGAUGAUACCAUUUCCUAAGAAACCCAACCUGGAUGUGACAAAUGAAAUGGUCAAACAAGGCUACAAUGUCACUCACAUGUUCCAUGUGGCUGAGGAGUUCUUCACAUCUUUGGGUUUAGAGGCGAUGCCCAGAGAGUUCUGGGAAAAAUCAAUCCUUGUUAAGCCUAAAGACAGAGAGGUUGUGUGUCAAGGAUCUGCUUGGGAUUUUUUAAACCACAAAGAUUUCAGGAUUAUGAUGUGCACCACAGUGAAGAUGGAACUGCUCAUCACUGUUCAUCAUGAAAUGGGACACAUCCAAUAUUUCCUGCAGUACAAGGACCAGCAUGUGGGCUUCCGCAAUGGAGCCAACCCUGGUUUCCAUGAAGCUAUUGGUGACCUUAUGGCUCUUUCAGUUUCCACACCAAACCAUCUGCACAAAAUCAACCUGCUGGAGUCUGCAUCUGAUGCUGAAACUGAUCUUAACUUCUUAUUGAAGAUGGCUAUGGCGAAGAUAGCCUUCCUUCCUUUUGGCUACCUCAUUGACCUCUGGAGAUGGAGUGUGUUCAGUGGAAGUACCACUCCAGACAAUUACAACUCUGAUUGGUGGCGCCUCAGAACAAAAUACCAAGGAAUUUGUCCACCCACCAGACGUACAGAAGAGCAUUUUGAUCCUGGUGCAAAAUAUCAUAUCCCUGGGGACACACCAUACAUCAGGUAUUUUGUCAGCUACAUUCUGCAAUUCCAGUUCCAUGAGAGAUUGUGUCAGGCUGCCAACCACACAGGUCCCCUGCACACAUGUGACAUCUACCAAUCUGCAGAAGCAGGAGCCAUUCUAAAGAAACUUCUUCAGGCUGGCUCUUCCAGACCUUGGCCUGAUGUGCUUGAAGAUGCUAUAGGCACCAGGGAGAUGAGUGCCAGCUCACUGAUGAAAUACUUUGAACCUGUAACUAAGUGGCUGGAGAAACAAAAUGUGAAUGAGACCUUGGGAUGGCCUGAAUUUGCUUGGGUUCCACCAAUUCCUGAGGACUACUCCUGAAGAUACUGCUUGAUUCAAUGCAACUUCUGGAAGAACAUAGCUGAAGUGGUGUGGAGCACAUUCACAACCUCCUGGGCAAAAAGACGUUGUAGUGAGAAUGGUUCUCAAACGGCUUCAUAAAAGGCUUCGUCAUUCAUCUCAUC